AUGCCUCCUAAAAAGUCAGACCCUUCCAGCAAAGGGAAACGUACAGCAGUCAGGAAGACUGCUCCUCCUGGCCGUGGCGCGCGCAAACGAAAUGGACCUACCGCUGCAGAAAAGCGAGCCGAGAAGGCCGCGGAAAAGGCUGCCGAGAAGGAAGCUGCCCGUGCGAGGGAGGAGUGUCGACUUCGCCGCGAAGCUGAAAAGGUCGAACUGCCAACUCACCCCGAUGAUGAUCUCUUAGUAUUAUCCAUGACCCAAAGGACAAACCGAAAGCGUUCGGCCAACAUGGCCUACGACGACUGCGAUAGGAGCAAGCGUCCCAAAAUUUUCGAAGAUGGGGGCAAAAAGAAGGUCUCGCGCCUCUUGCCUUGGGAGAAAGACAAAAGGCUUGAGCAGCCACCUUCUCUUGACACCCUCAAACUUGAGAGCUUGACCUCUGUUGAAGCCAUGGGUACCCUUGGUCGUCUUCCUACUGAGAUUCGCGACGAAAUCUUGCGGUACAUACUGAUUUCUCCCCGUGACAUUGCAGUGUUCAGGGGCUGGACCCGAGUCUACGGACGUAGGGGACCUAAACUAGACCUCGCAAUCCUCUACACGUGCCGUGUCUUAUGGCUCGAAGGACUUCGUAUCCUAUUUGGCGAGAACACUUUCCUCUACGAUAUCCGCGACCCUCCUGAUUAUUUGGAGAUGACCGAAAGAAUCAUGGGCCGCGUAUUUCUCAAGGACAAGAUACCUAUUGAUAAAUAUGGACACCUGAUGCGCUACAUCAAGAUCAACGUCCCAGCGAACCGCCUGAAUAGUACGGUAAUUAGCAAUUUCUGCAAUGCUAUCCGCAAGUUCGUUCCUGGUCAUGGUCUAGCCGAGCCAGCACAUCUCCACACAUUGACGCUCAAAAUACCGGCGGUACAAGUGAGGGAUAUGGGCUUUACUGAUUUGGUUGAGGAUCCCAAUGAGGUGCCUGCCACUAGGUUAUUCAACCACUUCACCACCACCAGGGAGUCACUUAUGCUUCUCAAUGUCCAAUACCUCCGCAUCCUAGCCACAGAUAGCGACGCGAACUUGUACGAGAACGUAAUCAAUCUCCGGUGUCACUACAUGCAGAAGCAGGCGCGGGAGGACAAGAAUGGAGUCGCGGUCAAGGAUGCUGAGGGUGCCGAGGCCUAUUUUAAGAAACAGGUCAAGAGCGCGAAGUCGCGAGUGUACAUGCUCAAAAUGGCGAUCGAAAUGCUGGCCGUACUCUGCCCAGAGGAAAGAGAUAGUAUGAAGUCCGAGCCCUGGAAGUUCCUAGGACAGGAGAAAAGGGGGCGACACAUAGAUAGCAUGGAGGUGGAGACACUGCCAGACGACUGGUCUGAAGCCUCGGAGCCCGCCUCGUCUCGAGGAUCGAGAAGUCCAAGCGUUAGGCCCGAAUAUACACAAGAGCAGUUGGCUAGACUGAUCUCCGAAGACGACGAGUCGGAAACUUCUGAUGAUUCAGAUCAAGGGAUUGUUUCGUCCGAGUAG